AUGGCGCCUCAUCCGCUGGACCCGCUCACCCCGGCUGAGAUCCGCAAGACGGCAUCGAUUGUCCGGUCUCACUUUACCGGUCAUGAACCAAAUUUCCGCGUCAUCACUCUCAAAGAGCCGUCCAAGAAGGACAUGGUGCCGUUCCUCGAAGACUACCACACCUCCGGGAAAUACGGAACUCGUCCGCCACGCGAAGCGAGGGUCCAAGUCAUCGCCCGUGUCGAUGACGACGACCAGUUCGUCGAGCUUAUUGUUAAUCUCGACCUGGCCGUCAUCGCGAGCAGGCAGCAUCUAAAGGGGAAGCACUCUUAUAUUGAUGCAGCGUACAUGAAGUCUGUGGAGAAGGCGUGCAUAUCCGACCCUAGAAUCCAAGAAGAGAUCAAGACGCUGCACCUUCCGGAGGGGGCGACCGUGUGCGUCGAGCCGUGGGCGUAUGCUACCGAUGGCAUGAUCGACACGGCGCAACGGACAAGCAUGUGUUGGUUCUACAUGAGGCUGCUUGACAGCCCCGACGCGAACUACUACGCCUACCCGCUGGACCUUUGCGCCGAAGUCUCCGAGCAGCUCCGCGUGACCAAGAUAUACCGACUCCCCUCUGCCGCCGACGAGCGCAUCCACGACAGAAAGCAGCCAUACGACAAGCAAAAAGUCCAUGACGCAUCAGCCAGCGAAUACCACCCGGAUCUGCGCCCGCCUCCUCGCCACACGACCAGGCCAUACCAGGUCGUCCAGCCCGAGGGUCCGUCGUUCACCAGUGACGGAAACGCCAUUUCGUGGGAGAAAUGGACUCUGCGCGUUGGCUUCAACUAUCGUGAGGGUCUGACGCUGCACGACGUGCGCUACGACGGCCGGUCCGUCUUCUACCGUCUCUCCCUGUCCGAAAUGUUCGUCCCCUACGGCGACCCACGCACUCCGUACCCGCGCAAGGGGGCGUUUGACCUGGGCAACGACGGAGCAGGCAUCAACGCCAACGACCUGCAGCUCGGGUGCGACUGCCUCGGCACUAUCAAGUACUUUGACGCAUGGCACAAUACCAGCACGGGAGAGCCGAUGAAGCUCCCCAACGUCGUGUGCUGCCACGAGCAAGACGACGGUAUCCUCUGGAAACACACAAACUUCCGGACGCAAAACGCCGUCGUCACGCGGUCGCGCAUCCUCGUUCUCCAGACCAUCAUCACCGUCAGCAACUACGAGUACAUCUUUGCUUUCCAGCUCGGUCAGGAUGCCUCGAUUCACUACGAGGUGCGCGCCACGGGGAUCCUGUCCACCGCCCCCAUCAACAUCACGGACAGUGUGCCCUACGGCACCAUCGUUGCCCCCGGAGUCUUAGCCCCUUACCAUCAACACCUCUUCUGCCUGCGAAUCGACCCCGCCAUUGACGGCCACGCCAACUCUCUACAGGUAGAAGAGACGGAGCCCAUGGCGCCAAGUGAGGGCGAAAACCCCAUUGGUGUGGGGUACGUGACGAAGUCGCGUGUCGUGGAGGAUGAGCAGGGUCUCGAUCUCGACUUCAACAAGAACCGCGUCUUCAAGAUGAUUAACGAGAAGAGAGUCAAUCCCAUCACCCGCACCCCGGUGGGGUUCAAGAUUAUCCCCUGCUACAGCCAGAUGCUCCUGGCUCACCCAUCGUCGUACCAUGCCAGGCGAUCCGAGUUCGGCCAGCAUGCCGUGUGGGUUACGCGGUACGAUGACGAAGAGAUCUUCCCUUCGGGACGGCACACCAUGCAGUCUACUGGUGGCGAGGGGAUCGCCUCGGGAAUUGAACGUAGAAAGGCUAGUCCGGGGACUAGCACUUCGGUGCGCGACGAGGAUAUCGUUGUCUGGCAUACGUUUGGGUCAACGCAUAAUCCGCGUAUCGAGGACUGGCCCGUCAUGCCUGCCGACAAAAUGGUUGUUGGGCUGAAGCCCGUCAACUUCUUCACCGGCAACCCUGGAAUUGAUGUUGCCGUCUCGACGCAGGAGAAAAACAGGAGUGUGCUUGUGACUGAUGCCUCGUGCUGCGAGCAUAAGCUUUGA